UGACAGGUCCUGGCAGCGCGCAUGCGUAGUGUGUGUCUUGAAGCCGAAGCGGUGUCAUGGCGGCGUCCUGCUCUCUGUCUCGCUGUGUGGUGUCUCCAGCCGGGAAACACACGGCUUCCGUCAUCUUCCUGCACGGAUCAGGUGAUUCUGGUCAGGGAAUCAGAUCAUGGAUACGGGAAGUCUUGAAGAAAGAUCUGACCUUUAAGCACAUAAAAGUAAUUUUUCCAACAGCUCCAGCCCGGCCCUAUACGCCUAUGAUGGGAGCAAUAUCCAAUGUUUGGUUUGAUAGAUAUAAAAUCUCCAUAGAUAGUGCUGAGCACCUUGAAUCGGUAGACUCCAUGUGCAACACUUUAACAGAAUUGAUCAGAGAAGAAAUGGCAUCUGGAAUAAAGAAAAACAGGAUAAUGUUGGGUGGGUUUUCCAUGGGAGGAGCCAUGUCAAUGCAUUUGGCGUAUCGUUACCAUAGGGAUAUUGCUGGGGUGUUUGCUCUCUCUAGCUUCCUCAAUGAAAAUUCAAUUGUUUACAAGGAGCUUGAGAACUCUCACAAGAACCUACCUGAACUCUUCCAGUGCCAUGGAGAGGCUGACCAGCUGGUCUUCCAUCAGUGGGGAGAAAGGACAAACAAUUUGUUGAAAGGCCUAGGCGUCCCUUCAUCAUUCCACAGCUUUCCAAAUCUCUAUCAUGAACUCGGCUUGCUGGAAUUGGAGCAGCUGAGGUCUUGGAUUUUGCAAAAGUUGCCGGAUGACUCUGCAGAAAUGCAGUAAUGCAAAUCAUUUCUAAUAAAUGUUGUAUUUAGACGUAAA